GCUCUACAAACUGUUUCCUGGUUAGCGAGGAUUGUGUAACAGUCCUGCCGUCGCUGGGUAGACCGUGAAAAUGUCCACCAGGUACCACCAGGCUGCAAUAGACGGUUAUCUGGAUAUCUUGAAAGAAGCCACAAGGAAGGAUAUUAACACAUCAGAUGGAGAUGGCAUGACACCCCUUCUCUUAGCAGCCUAUCAUGGGCAUCUGGAUGUCUUGGAGGUUGUGUGCAACCGGGGUGGGGACCCAAACAAAAGUGACAUCUGGGGAAAUUCUCCAUUGCACCAUGCAGCUGAAAAAGGACAUGCAAAUUGUGUGGCCUUCCUAGUUAAUUUUGGAGCGAAUAUUUUUUCUUUGGACAACAAAAACCAUUCACCGCUGGAUGUGGCCAAUCUGAAAGGUCGUACAGAUUGCAUCAAGAUUCUGGAUGAAGCAGCCAACAAGCAAACAUCCUUGAACCCUAAAAGAGUAGCUAAAUUAAAAGAACAAGCUUUGAAAGAUGCUGAAAAGAAGAAUAAAGAAUGUGAGAAGAUCCAAGAUAAGCAUCAGAGUCAGAUGAACAAAAACUUCAACAGAACCACCGGAACAUUAAACUCAGCAAAGGGUACACUAUCAGGUUCUGUUGGCGCUCGUUUCUCUACUCCCUCUACCAUGAGCAGUUUGACAAAAGGGUUAAGGGACACACUACAGCUAAAAAUGAAGAAGAAAGCUAAAAAUACAAUUGAUCAAGACACAGUAAAUAAUAUCAUUCUUGCCAAGGACGAAAGUAGUGGAGGCCAGCGUACCAGGAUCUCAGAUGUUUUUAGUGAAAUUAAAGAAGAAAUAGAUAUGGAAGAAGAAAAGCAGUCUAUCUUUAAUCGACCGGGCCUUGGGAACAUGGUUUUCAGGAGAAAUCUAGCAAUGGGAAACAACACUGAUUUUGGAGAGAAUUUCACAGCAGAAGAUGACAUGACCUUAAAAGUCAAAAAUGAAUUAUUUGCUGAGAAUGCCAAGAAUGGAAAUGAAGAUGAUGGUGAAAUAAUUAAUAUAGCUUGGAAUGAUGAUGAAGUGGAAAUGGAUGAGGAGGAAGAAAGCUCCCCUCUCAAGGUCUUUCUAGAAUCCCAUAAUUUGCUGGAGCUUCAUUUCACACUGUUAAGAGAGAAGAUAGACUUAGAUUCUCUUUUUUUAUGUACUAAUGAAGAUCUGCAAAACAUAAACAUACAACUCGGUCCAAGAAAGAAGCUCCUGAAUGCAGUGGAAAAAAGAAAUCAAGCCCUGAAAAAGCCUGGAAAAAUUAUAGACACUAAGUUAUGAAUUUUGGAAAUCACCCUUUUAGUAUGAUUAUGAAAUCAGAAACAUGGUUAUACAAAUAUUCAAGACACAAAUGCAAUGCAAAACUACAAAGAAUUGUAAUAAAAUAUUGACUCAGACAUCUAUUUUCCAUAGUCUGAAUAUCUAAAGCUAACUUGGAAUGGAGAACUAGUUCUUUGUCCUAAUAUAGCAUACCUACUGUAAA